CAUUAUUUGUGUUAUACUUGACGAUGUUUUUGAGCGUAAAACUUAUUCUUUCUCGAUCUUCACAAAUAUAAAAUCUUUAAAAUACUCUUCCUCCAUCUUAUUUCGAAAAAUAAUUUUAACUAGGAAAAAUCGUUCUACAGUAGCUGUAUAAACUAAGGAAUCAAGACAUAAUUAAGCGUAUCAUAUCGAGCUCAACAAAGUUUUAAUUUCACGUCUGUCUGCUUGUAGCUACUCCGAGUGACAUACAUGUAGAAAUAAGCUAUGCAAUGUCUAAAAAUGGUUUGUCUAGGCAGCUUGUAGGUGACCUAUAUCUAAUAACCUCAUCCCCAUUGGCAAAUCUUCUACAACAAGCUCUUGAAUCCAAAUCUUUACGCCACACUCAGCGAGUCCAUGCCCGCAUUAUCAAAACCCACUUCCGUUCUGAAAUUUUUAUCCAAAACAGGCUCAUUGAUAUUUAUGGAAAGCUUUCUUGUCUUGAUGAUGCACACAAGCUGUUUGUUAGAAUGCCCCAGAAGAAUACCUUUAGUUGGAACUCCAUUUUAUGUGCUUUGCUUCAUUCGGGUUGCGUUGAUGAAGCUUAUAAGCUUUUUACAUCAAUGCCUUACCCUGAUCAGUGUUCUUGGAAUUCUUUGGUGUCGGGUUUUGCUCAGCAUCAACGUUUCCAUGAAUCAAUCGAGUGUGUCAUUAAGAUGCAUAGUGCGGGUUUUGCGCUCAAUGAGUAUACUUAUGGAAGUGCGUUGAGUGCUUGUGCAAAUUUGAGGAAUGUUCAAGUAGGUUCCCAGAUUCACGCAUGUAUACUCAAAUCUCCAUGUGCUUUUUAUGUUUUUAUGGGCUCUGCGCUUAUUGAUAUGUAUUCUAAAUGCGGGUUUGUUGAUUGCUCCAGGAAAGUUUUUGAUGGGAUGCCUGAGCGCAAUGUAGUAUCUUGGAAUAGUUUAAUUACUUGUUAUGAUCAAAAUGGCCCGGCGUUUGAAGCCCUUAACAUUUUUGUGAGCAUGAUGAAUUGUGGGGUGAAACCAGAUGAAGUCACUUUGGCUAGUGUUGUUAGUGCAUGUGCAUGCUUAUCUAUAAUUAGAGAAGGUAAGCAGAUUCAUGCACAAAUCAUUAAAUUUGACAAAUUAAGGACUGAUAUAAUUAUAUGUAACGCAUUGGUUGAUAUGUAUGCAAAAUGUAAAAAGAUUAGAGAGGCGCGACAGAUAUUUGAUAAUAUGCCAAUAAAGAAUGUUGUGUCUGAGACUUCCAUGGUUAGUGGUUAUGCAAAAAUAUUAAGUGUGAAAACAGCAAGAUCAAUGUUUACAAAAAUGAUUGAGAAAAAUGUUGUAUCUUGGAAUGCUCUUAUUGCGGGUUAUACACAGAAUGGAGACAAUGUAGAAGCGUUGGAACUAUUUUGCCAGUUGAAGAGGGAGUCGGUUUAUCCAACGCACUAUACGUUUGGCAAUCUCCUUACUGCCUGUGCGAAUUUAGCUGAUUUGAAAGUAGGGAGGCAAGCCCACACACAUGUCUUGAAGCAUGGUUUUUGUUUCCAGUCUGGACCAGAGAGCAAUAUUUUUGUGGGGAAUUCUCUUAUAGAUAUGUAUAUGAAAUGUGGAUCUGUGGAGGACGGGAUCCAGGUAUUCUAUAAUAUGGAAGAAAGAGAUCGAGUUUCAUGGAAUGCGUUAAUAAUAGGGUAUGCCCAAAAUGGGCAUGGAUUGGAAGCUAUUCAAAUGUUCAAGGAAAUGACCUUGUUAGGGGUAAAAGCAGACCAUGUCACGAUGAUUGGAGUUCUGUGUGCCUGUAGCCAUGCGGGUCUAGUUGAUGAAGGGCGUCAAUAUUUUUAUUCAAUGAACAAAAAAUAUGGCGUGGAACCGAUAAAAGACCAUUAUACAUGCAUGGUUGAUAUUCUUGGUCGAGCUGGUUGCCUUGUUGAAGCAAAUAAUUUGAUUGGAUCAAUGCCAAUGCUACCCGAUAGUGUUGUAUGGGGGUCUUUACUUGCUGCUUGUAAAGCAUAUCGAGACAUUGAAUUAGGGAAGUUUGCUGCUGAAAAGCUAUUGGAACUUGAUCCCCACAAUUCUGCUCCGUAUGUUCUUCUUUCAAACAUGUACGCUGAGCUUGGAAAGUGGAAGGAUGUUAUAAGGGUCAGGACACUUAUGAGGAAGCGAGGAGUUACUAAGCAACCAGGUUGCAGUUGGAUUGAGAUUGAAAGUCAGCUUCAUACUUUUAUGGUGAAAGAUAAAAGGCAUCCCAAAAAGAAGGAAAUUUAUCAACUUCUGAGUCUUCUUACAAAAAUGAUGAGAAUGUCCGGAUACAUCCCUGAUACUGGUGAUCCAGAAGCUGAUGACGAGGAAGACCAACCAGACUUGUCAGAAGAUUUAUAUUUUACUGUUCCUGCAUUGCAGAGUUGCUCCACUGUGUAGCACUAUGAGAGCAGACUGAGAAAGUGUCAUUGUGCCAGUGGUAGCUCAAGUCCUGCAGAGUGCAGAGGAUGAAAGAUGGUGACCAGUUAGCAAGGCAACUGGCACUGAGACGUUUAGAUUUAGAGUUCAUAGAUGGUUUGGCUUUAUAGAGUUCAGAGACCAAUAGCAGGACUUUCUCGAUUACCUGCUAGCCAGGAGGAAAUUUAAAAUGUCGAAUCGUAGCCAACUGGUCAUCAUAUCAAAGAAUUGACACCUAACAGCAAGAUGAAAGCUUUGACUAAAUUUAUGGCUGCUGUAGAAAUCUUUAUUGGCCAACUGACAACCAUCUCAAAGGUCCUUGAGAAAGUUAGCGAAAAAGAAAGAGGAACUUGUGCUCGAAUGCUGGAUUUUAAUGCUUGAUUUUAAUAUGUAACCAACCUAAUUCAACUGAACUAAAGAAAUAUGUUGGCGAGGAGGCAAGAUGGAUAUAUGUUUGCCAAGUGUUCUCUUAUGCAUAUUUUAUAAUUGAAUGCAUUAACACUUAGAAUCAAAUACUAUUACAGCCUGUUUGGAUACUGGCAUUUCAUUUGAAAUGCUGGAUUUGGAUUGAAUACCCUGUUUGGAUAGCUACAGGAUUUGUAUUUGAAUUUGGGCCAAAUUCCAUCUAAGUAAAAUAAAAGCCCACAUCAAAGAAUUUGAAAUAACUUUUUUACUGGUGUCAUUUGAAAUAAGACAGCCCAAAAUUACACCCGACUUCCGACUCUUUCCACUCGCUCUCUCGACUCUAUGCCCUUGCUCACUCGAUCUAUCCAUUCGCUCACCUUCCGGUCUUGCGUCUCCAUCUCCUCCGCCACUUUCUCUUCAUUCUAUCCCUCUUCUGUCAGCUCAUAUCAGAGAUGAGUUCAAGGGGUAAUUCAGCUCAGUCGGCUCAUGUGGAGUUCCAGAUGCUUCUGCAUACAAGAACAAGCGUAUUCCAAAUUGGGAUGACAUAUGUACUCUAUUUGCUUCCGAUAGAGCCAUUGGUGAUGGUGCAGAGCAGUUUGAGGAGUCAGCAGCUGCCAUGGAACUUGAAAAU